AUGGACAUCAGCAGAUUAGCUCCCAGUGUCGUGAUGAUCUUCCGCAGAGCCUCCUGCCCCCAGGGAAGCGCGUGCACAGCCCUGCAAGGAGCCACAGGCCUGAGUGUGCAGCAGGCACCCAAGUUGCUGCAGGUGAGGCAGGACAGCCAGGUGACCUUGGCCUGCCAGGUGAUGCAGGCCCAGGCCUGGGAGCGGCUACAUGUCGAAUGGACCAAGGAUGGUGACAUCUUGUGCCAGACACACAUCAUCAACGGCAGUCUCACCGUGGGUGUCUGUGGGCCUCGGGGCCGUCUCUCCUGGCAGCCGCCUAGCAAUCUCACCCUGCAGCUGGACCACGUGAGCCUCAAUGACAGUGGGCUCUACGUGUGCUGGGCGACCGUGGAGAUCCCUGAUUUGGAGGAGGCCCAGGGCAGUGGGACACAGCUCCUGGUGGAGACAGAUGGCUGGCUGCUGAACCGGAGCUUCUCAGGGCUCUCCUUCGCACUGCUGGUGACUGGGGCCGUGGCCGUGGCCGCUUUCGCUCUGGGCGUCUGGAUCUGGGGCCGCCGCCGCUGCCGGAACAGAGACGCAGGGAAUCCAGUCUACAGCAAUGCCCUAUACCAGCCCCGGAAGGCCCCAAGGAAGAGUGAGGCAAGGCCUGUGUAG